UUGCUGCCUAAUAUAUCCCACCCACUAAUGAGGAGAUCAUCAGUGUUAUUCACUUUCGCCUUUAACAAUCACCAGCCAUCCUCCAUUCUUGAAUGCAAUAUAAAGGUAAAUAUCAUCUUUAAUGGAAAAAUUAAUCUCUUAUUCUUUUUUUGCCAAUCAUGAACACAGACAUGUAUUCAUACUAAGCUGAGUUUUAUUGCACAUAACCUAGUAUUAAGAUGUGGAAUAUGCUGUUAUGUAACUUAUCUUGUUUUGUACAGAAAGUUCUAACUGGUGUCUUUCUUCUGCAGCCAUGCUCUGCCGUUGGCCCAGGCCCGUCGACUGAUAAGAAACCUGUUGAGAUUCAUUUUUUUCAUUUGUUUUUGCCAUUGUUACUGGGCAGGGGUGGCAGAACUCAAGAAAGUGCAUGAGAAAACACUGUAUAAAAAAGAGAGCACAAAAAGAGAGCACUUCUCUCUGCAGAGAAUACGUUUAUUGAAUUUGCUUUGUACACAACUCCUCUGUGAUUUUAAUUUAUUUAAUUCAUUGCCAUGUUUACAGUUUCAGUGUACUUUUAACCUUUAACCAGUUUACAGUACCCUGGUUAGAAAAUGUUAUCUAUGUUCAUACAUCGUGCCAGCUGUUAUAAAUGUUAUAAAUACAUGUUAUAAAUAAACAACAGCUCUAAAAGUACUGGCAGCUGUAGUCUCUAGUAUUUUACUGUGAACAGUAGAGUACUGUAAUGCAAAAACAAAACACACAACUGCCAGUAUUUUACUGAGAGAAAAUUUGAUAUCCGGCAUCAGAUUUCAGUGGAACUUCCUGUACAUCCAGUUGGAGUUAUCCGAGAGAAGUUUAGCAAUAUGUCAGGAGCAGUUCCUGCUAGGCAAAUAUAUCACCAUGUAAAGCCACUACUAAUAACAUAAUAUAGAUUACACCCCUAAACAAAGAUGCAAACAACCUUGUCUGAAACUCAGUAUACCGGACCACGGCUUGUUGAAAAGCACACUCUUUUUCCUAACAUAGGAGAGGAUAAGAAAAAAGCAAGCACACUGUGCACAAGUCAUAAUGAAGUGGACAUACGAUCUCAGAGGUUUGGUCUUGGCCGUCUACAGCAUAAUACUGAUCACAGGUCUUCCAGGCAACCUGCUGUCCCUCUACGUCUUAAUCCAAAAGGUGAAACAAGAGGCCAAGCCCAUUGACAUGCUCCUCCUCAGCCUCAACAUCUCGGAUUUGAUUUUCCUCAUUUCCCUUCCCAUUCGCUAUAAAGAGGCAGCUGAUAUGGAAUGGACAAUGAGCCACUUCCUCUGUCCUCUAGCAACUUACAUCUUCGCGAUUAACUUUUACAAUAGCACCCUCCUCUUAAUGGCCAUUAGUGUGGAGCGUUAUCUGGGAGUGAUCUUCGCUAUCAGGUACAAACUCAAGCGGCAUCUUCGACAUACCAUCAUCACCAGUGUUAUUAUUUGGGUGGUCAACAUGGCCCACUGCAGUAUUGUUUUGUACCUGCAGUACAACUAUUCGGACAAAAGCAAUGCCGGCGUUGAUCCGACAAACCAGACCAGCUGCUACUGGAACUUCACUCAAGAACAGCUGAAAAUCCUGCUGCCUGGGCGUCUAGGGGUGUCCAUAUUAGGCAUUUUUAUACCCAUUAUAAUCUGCUGCUUUUGCUACAUCAGCAUCAUUCUCAGACUCUCCCAGGCAGACAACAUCAAGCCCAUGAAGCGUUGUAGAGCCAUUGGGCUUGCCAUAUCCACCCUUUUGGUUUUUAUGAUUUGUUUCGUGCCCCUCGGAGUGUCCUUUGUAGAAGGUUUCAUUGGUUGGUACAGUCCUUGGUGGAGAGUGCAUGUCAUGCUCUUUAGCAGCUUCAACGCCUGCUUGGACCCGUUUGUUCUCUAUUUCUCCUCUAAAUCAGUGCAGAAAACAUUUAAAGACUGUGCUCAAAGCUUCUUCAUGUGGCUGCAACUCCUCCAAUUAAGAAUAAAUCUAAAGGUAUCUGCCAAUAACAGCUCUGAUCAGAUCCAGCUGCAAAUGACGUGAGCCAUACAACAUCCCCACACUGAUGAGUGAAUUCCUCCAACUGUAAGGAAUAAAAAUCUAUUUUAAGAAAAAAAAAUAAAAUGCAGUGGCUGAUUAUUUUCCUGUAAAACUAUGGGGACACAUUAUU